AUUCCGGCGGGCGGCGGGCAUGGCGGUGCUGCGGCCCUUCGACAAACUCCCGACGCUCAACUCCGGCACCCUCCUGCUCGUGGGCCCGGACGAGGCGCUGCGGCAGCAGCUGGCGGAGACCAUCCUGCAGGAGAAGAGGGACUUCAACAUCAGCAUUCACCUUGCUACAUCCCUCCCCUUACCUUCAGAGAGGGAUCAUCUUCGACCCAGGAUAGAUCUGAUUGUGUUUAUGAUUGACAUCAAGAGCAAGUACAGCUUGAAGAAGGUCGAAUGUUCCCUAGCUCAUGUGGAUGCCAGCUUCUUCCUGGGGAAGGUGUGCUUUCUUGUCACUGGGGUUGGCAAGGUGAAUGCUUGCAGCAUUGAGAUGAAUGCUGUCUGUAAAUUAGGAGAAGCCUACUGCAGUCCUAUGCUAUUCUGUGAGCUGGAGCUGGAAGACACUCGAGUUGCUACUGCUCAACGACUUGUUCGAAUGUUAAGAAUCUGUGCUGGUCACAUACCGGGAGUUUCUGCCUUGUCCUUUGUCUCGCUGAUGAGGAAGUCUGAUGAUAAUUAGCUUCUCAUUGUGAUACUUCACACACAUUCAUCAGAUUCAGUUCUCUAUCCCUGUGGAGAUUUUCAAAGAGGAAUCCCCCUCUCUGAGGUGAAAGUACCUGUGAGCAUUGCUGGUUUGACUGUUUUAGUCUGUGGAUGUGUUUCUGUUUGUCAUUUAUGUCAGCAAAAUUAGAAUAAAAGCAGUUUAAUUAGUAUAGAAGAACUCAUACUAGUUGCACUGGUGUAAGCUUUGGUCUCAGAGUGCUUUUUUGGGGCGAUGGAACUAAAUGAGAUUGUAAUAUGGUUUCCUCUGCUAUGGCAGGCUGACCCACUGGAUUUCAUUUUCAGUCCAGUCCCUUGAAGAAGAUUUUGCCUCCGCAGCCUGCUAGCUGAACAGCUCACAGAGGUGAUCUGUGAGAGAUUUCAGCACAAAUCAGCUUGCUUGGCAUUACCUGGUGGGAUUACAGCUCUCUGCUGUGCCAGGUUUUCUAAGACUAACUCUGCUGCACCAGCAGUUAAAUCAGACCAACUUUGAAGCAUGAUAAAACAUGAUAUGUUCAAUCUAUACCAAUGGAAGAGAAAGUCUGCAUACUGAAAUGGCACCUGUAGUAAAAGAUCUCUCUGUUCCUGGAAUAAAGAUCAGAAAUAAAUCCAA